AUGUCUUUAUAUGAGCUGCAGCGGGAAUCUCUCAAGAAGACUUUUGAAAGGUAUCAAUGCAACUUCAGGCAUCUCAUAUGUGACGAUACUACGUACCCUGUGGUUAAGUCACUGUUUAAAGAGGACAUCCUCAAUUAUGUUUACACAUUUUAUAAAAUAGACGAUAAAGAAAGAUCCAAAAACCAGGAAAAGGCAAUAUAUAUUUUGGAUCCAAUUGCUCCUUACUCAAUUGACUGUUUGCUGGCGGAUUACUCACAUGGUUUACGGUAUAAGGAUGCAAUAGUUUGUUUUCUUCCAGGAAUGAAUGCUCAAUGUUUUGCACAUCUUCGAGCAAACAAAUACUUGAUGGAAUCUGUAAAUGGUUCUUUUGAAACUAUAGAGUAUCUCAGCUUGAGGCCAUUGGAAAAUCGUGUUUUUGUAACGGGGAACUCCUGUUCUAUUCCUGGAUAUUAUAAUUUUGCGCAUCUAGGCAGGGACUUGGUGCAAUACCAGAUGGAUAGGGCGGUUGAUGCGAUGAUGAGCAUGUGCAUCUUGACUAAUGAAUAUCCCGUGGUCAGAUUCUAUAAUUCUCCGUUAUCCAAACAGCUCGCAACCACUUUUCAAAAUAAGAUAGACGAGUACUAUCGAAAGCAUUCGGAGCUAACGCCGGUGAACAACCGUACAAUUUUUCUUGUAACGGAGAGGGCAAUGGAUCUAUUUGGGCCAUUUUGUCAUUAUAAAUACUAUCGGUCACAAAUAUUUGAUCUGAUGGAUGACCACAUAAGAAAGAUCAGAGGUGACUAUACUUUCGUAUAUGAUUAUGAGGCCAAAACAGGUCAAGGCAUGGAGAAAAAACACAUCGUAUUUGACAGUGAUGAUCCAGUCUUUACUCAGUUAAAAGAUGUCAAGAUCGAAGAUUAUACUCAAAAAAUCAUCCAGAUGCUCAAAGACCUAAAGCAUGAAGAUGAUAAAUACAGUAACUUAAAGUAUACUUCGGAUCUAUCGCAUGCUGCAAUUAGUCAAAGUGACCACAUGUUUAAAAAGCAGCUUGUGACAGGGCAUUUCGAAUUGAUCAACAGGAUAAGUAGUGCAUUCCAAGCAGAAUGCAUCCUAGAUGCCAUUGUUUUUGAAAACAAGUGCGCCGCUAAUCUAGGACCAGAUCGUCAUUUGCAUGAGCCUGUUACGGACGAACUAGUGGGUUUGUUAUCCAACCAGAAUAUUUUUAUGGGAAAUAAGAUCCGCCUCCUUAUCGUGUAUGCAAUUUAUAGGGGAGGAUUGAUAGAAUCGGAUUUCAUAAAGCUUCUGAAGUUUGGAAUGCCCGAUAAAGUCGAUUCUAUAUUAAAGCUUAUCCAUAAUCUACAAAAGCUGGGACUUAAGAUCAUAAAGCCAAGUUUGGGUGGCAAGACGGAACAUAUUCAAACGUAUUUCGAUGUUAAAAACACAACAGAGUUGACAGACCGUUUUGUGCCUACAUUUAGCAAUCUUGUUCUUAGACUGGCACAGAAUGAUCUUCCGGAGCUUUAUCACACAUGCGUUAUCGAUAACGGUUACAUUGAUGAAGAGGAAGACAAUAUUUUAGAGGAUGAAAAGACGUUUCCUUAUGUUAAGGGAGCACCAAUGGCGAAUCUAAAUGAUUCCUUCCGAAAUGUUCAUCUUGGAGGAACAGGUGGAAGCAAAAGUCGCGUUUCUGUGAAUACAGUGCGAAGUCAGCCCAAAUGGAAAAGCAUGAAGCCUUCGGACAAGACGUUGACCAGGCAGAAGCUUAUGAUAUUUUGUGCUGGAGGUUUGACUGAAUCUGAAUUGGGCACAAUGAUUUCACUCGAGCCAAAAAUUAAUAAGAAUAUAUUUAUCGGCUCGGAUGAGAUAUACUCUACAUGGGAUAUGCUGGGGGAUAUCCGAUUAAUUGAUGAUGACCGGAAAAACUUUAGAUUUGCUUUGGAUGCUAAAUUUAGCCCAAGGAAAGUUCCCGAUUUUCUAUCAGAGGUUACUGGAGGAAGCUCAAAAAGUUCGAUAUCGGAUAAUGGUAGUAAAUCUAAUGGACAAGGCGUGCAUCAACAACCACAUGAUCAUCACCAUCAUUUACACCAUUUACAUCAUCACUCUGAUGUCAACGAUGACACAAGAUCCAGGGUCAAGAGCGGAUCAAAUGAUAAAGCCGCACAUAAUAGAAAAAGGGAUAAGCUUUUUGGCAAAUUAAAAAGGUUUCAAUAA